UACGGGCUUGUUUUGUACGAGUCGUCGUCGUCGGUCGCAUCGCCGGACAGUCGGGAUCCGGUAGUGCAGCGUUUGUGUCGUGCGGUUCUUCCUCGUAUGCUUGCUUCGUUCGCCAGCUAUAUCGGCAGUUUUCGGGAGAAGUCCGAGUGUGUUGGUUUUCGUCGCGCGUGCUCGGCAUCCGCUCGCUUGUCCGCUCGCACGCUCGUUCGCUCGGCCAAAGGUAGAGACAUACGGGGCCGGAGCGAAAAACGCGGGACGCGACGCGUUAUCGUGCCCGAUCACGGGAGCAGUGGUGCACUGGUCGAGUGUGCGCGUUUCUCGAAGAGGGAAAAAGGUAAGCGAAGUGCACGACUCGUCGUCCGAGGUGGUACGCGGAGCUGGUGGAGGGGCUGUCGGAUCUGCAGCCUUGUCUGGUCGUGCGUGUAGCGGCACAGCGCUACUCGCCGAAUUAAAAUGGCGGGCCUGCUCGGCCUUACGCGCGGAGGUAACGGCCACCGACGAUGCUAGUCGCCGACGCCAGGGACACGUGAGGGUGGCCCCGUUGUUGUUGGCUACCGUUGUGCGUGCCGCUUCUGGAUAUUUUCCCGCGUCCGGGUGCUGUGCGUCGCUUACUCGUGCUGCAUACUGUGUUUGCAUCGCGCACCGAGUACACCGCCGUAGGAGCAUUGCGAGAACGCGGAGGGACGUCGGAGAGAGAGAGAGAGAGAGAGAGAGAGGGGGAGAGAGUGAACGAAAGGCAGAGAGAGAGAGAAGAGAGAGAGCGAGAGCGAGUUUUUUAACACGUAAAUAAUAGCGUUGCAAGUUUGUGAUACUCAUUUGCGAGAAAGAGGGCGGACGGGCAGGAGAGAGAGAGAGAGAGAGAGAGUGAGAGAGAGGGAGAAUCGUUCAGCGUGUAGACUGAAGUCGCGGGAAAAAGGGAGGGAAAUAGGAAGAGAGAAAGAGAAGGAGAGAGAGAGAGAGAGGGGAAGGGAGAAAUAGAAAAGGAUAAAGAUAGAGCAAGAAAGGGCAAUAUAAAGAAAGAGCGAAAAGUUCAAGGGACAGACAUACGAACAGGCACGCAGGAGGACGCGCGGCGGCAGAAACGCAGACAGAACGCAUGGACGAAAGUUGAUUCGGCAAUGGACAAACAAUCACGAUGAAGUGACGAGCUCCGAAGCGAAGAGUUAACUCUACGACGACGAACACACGACGACGACGACGACGAGUGCGAGUCUGAACGAGAGAGUGCCGUCGUCGGCAACCGAUUGUAUCACAUUUCGGAGGACGAAUAGUCUCGAUGCCGAUGCCGACCGAAUACCACGAGAGCCACGGUAACCACGAGAACGCCAAUUUCGCUCUCGGGUCCACGCAGGACGCCAGCAACAUGACGGCCAACAUGUACCGGGUGGGAGAUUACGUGUAUUUCGAAACCUCCACAUCGUCGCCGUACCAGAUCAGAAGGAUAGAAGAAUUAAAUAAGACCCCGAAUGGUAAUGUGGAAGCCAAAGUCAUGUGCUUCUUCAGGCGGAGGGAUUUACCUUCUACCUUAAUUAUGCUCGCAGAUAAACAUCAAUUGGCAAGCGCGGAGCAGCAGAGGUCAGAAUCCCCUGCGAGCACGCAGAAUCAGAAACUCGAGAACCCUACUGACACUACUAAGGAAAUGACUAGUAAAGAUGGGAUCGGGCCCAAAGUGAUGAUCAAAGGGGGCGGGAAAGGGGGCUGGCUGAAGGCCCCAUUAUCGGAGGCCCAAGAGCCCCAUGGGCUGGACGACACCGUGGGCCCGGGAGGCGUACCGGAGCUAAGUUCUAAGCAGCGUCACCAAAUGAAGCACCGAGAACUCUUCCUGUCGCGGCAAGUGGAGACCAUGCCCGCCACGCAUAUUCGAGGCAAAUGCUGUGUGACGUUACUAAACGAAACCGAAUCCUUAUUGAGCUACCUGAACAAGGAGGAUUCGUUUUUUUACUGUUUAGUAUUCGAUCCUGCCCAACGGACUUUACUUGCCGAUAGAGGUGAAAUUAGAGUGGGCAGUAGAUAUCAAGCCGACGGUAUUGCUCCUACUGUUUUAUCACCCGCGGAAAGGGAGACUGAUUCUCGCAGAUCGCAGGAUUUAGAGACGUUAGUGUGGACACCACGGCAUAACUUGACGGAUCGUCAAAUCGAUCAGUUCCUCGUGGUCAGUAGAUCGGUCGGAACUUUUGCGAGAGCUCUCGACUGCUCGUCCUCCGUCAAGCAGCCCUCAUUACACAUGUCAGCGGCUGCAGCUUCCAGAGAUAUUACACUAUUCCACGCGAUGGAUACUUUACACCGACAUAGCUACGACAUAGCGAAAGCCAUGUCGUCCCUGGUACCCAGUUCUGGUCCAGUAUUAUGUCGAGACGAAAUGGAGGAGUGGAGCGCAUCCGAGGCAAACCUGUUCGAGGAAGCACUUGAGAAAUACGGGAAGGACUUUCCCGACAUACGAUCGGACUUUUUACCGUGGAAGACACUGAUGAACGUAAUCGAGUACUAUUACAUGUGGAAAACGACCGAUCGCUACGUUCAGCAGAAGAGAGUAAAGGCGGUCGAAGCGGAGAGUAAGUUGAAGCAAGUUUACAUACCAAAUUACAACAAAACUCCCGCGUCGACCGUUCCCUCUUCCGCGACGAUCGUGCCGUUGGGUAAUAGUAACAGCAGCAGCAACGGCAAGCCGACCAAUGUGCUGAAUGGCAACAGCAACGGCAGCAUGCCCGGCGAGAACUCCGGGAUACUUAUGGUCGGUGUUGGCGGCAAACCGUGCGAGAGCUGUCAGAUAGUGCAGAGUCCGCAAUGGUAUGCAUGGGGACCUUCACAUAUGCAAUGCCGUCUUUGCCAAUCUUGCUGGACAUAUUGGAAGAAAUACGGAGGUCUUAAGGUUGAGCAGGUGCCCUCCCGAAUGGACGACGUUGAUCUCGAGAGGAAACGCACCGGCGCCGGGUCCGACGAGGAGAGCAAGGGCGGCAUUGGUGGCGCGCACCGACCUCACCGAUGCAACAUUCCCGGCUGCACGAAGGAAUUCAAACUCAAAGCUCAUCUGAGCCGUCACUAUGCCAGCGCACAUGGGCUUGACCUUCGUGGUCCUGCCGGUAGCGGCGGCGGCGGCGGUGGAUCACCGCGGCCAGUGAUGAAGACUAGAUCUGCGUUUUACUUACGCACCUCCGUGCUCGCGCGCGCUUCACGACGCCUCUGCGCUAGCCAAUUACGUACACGUCACGCCGCACGAGCGCCUCAUCAACCGGUGAACGCAGCGCCGCUUAGACAUCUCUGUACGCAGCUGGCGUCUAAGAGUCCGGCCGAAUUGCGGAUUUUGGCUCGGGCGAUACGACCGCGUCCACGUCCCCAUGUGACCGACAUCGCCUCGCGGCUGGGAGAUCACCCGUCUCCGCGGACACCCGGCGAUUGGGACUGGCUGGCUCUGACCUCACCAGCGCAGCGCAAACAACCGGAUCGAGUGUCAUUCCCACGACCACCUAAGGCACCUGAUGGUAGUCUCCUCUACGAAAGGGUUCCUAAUAAACCCGAGGUAGACAGGCUCGCGAUAACUCCACCACAGCCACAACCCGUCAUGCCGACGCAGCAGACCAUUAUGAAGCGUACAAGACCGUUCGAUGAAGUGAAUGGUUCAGAUGGUCUGGCUCUGAGUACGGGACUCCCCGGCGGCCCUCCCGCGAAGAGAACUCAUCUUUCUCAGCAGUUGCAUCCGAAGCAUACACUGGAACAUCCCACGCCAGCUGUUCUUCCCCUCGCGCCACCGCUCAACGGCAGAGCCGCUCAUCCACAUCCUCUACCGUCUCAUCCACCGUUAUCACGAAGUAACGCACGUAAACAAGUAAUAUCCUGGAUGGAUGCUCCCGAUGACGUGUAUUUUCGGGCUACAGAACAGAUCAAAAGACUCAGAAGGACCCUCUCUUCGGCGGAGUUACGAAGAGCGGCGCGUAAACCGUGGCGCAGACUAUCGGCCCCUCUGCAUCCGCCGCAUCUGCAAAGGGCGGUUCGUGGCGAGGAUAUGGUCGUUAUUUUGGACUGAAUUCUUCGCGAUCCGAUAAUCGCACGAGCCAACUUGCCAAUGUUGGUUCAUCCCCGCGUGCGAGGUGUCACGCUGUUAUCGUAAUUUUAACGUCACCCCGAGAGUGAAGAAGUCACACUAAAAAAACGAAGCUCGUGUUUCUUUUAGAAACGAAGUCACGUUUUCUUGUCACCGGCAGCUGCUUCGACGUUAAGAAUGAAGAAUCGUUAAAUAGAACAGAUGCGAAAUGAUGAAGAAACAAAGAAAGAACGAGGAAGAAAAGAUCCCAUAGGAAUUUGACGAGACUCCUUUUUUUAUGGAAACUAAACAAAUCGUAAUCUCAAGAAGUAGAGAAAGGCAGAAAGAGAAAGAGAAGGUGGAAGAAUAAAAGAGGAAAAGAGCCUCGCUUGGCUGAAUAUGUAUGUUUAAUGAUGGAAUUUGAAAGAAAGAAAUAAAGACAGAGAGAGAGAGAGAGAGAGAGAGAGAGAGAGAGAGAAAGAAAGAAAGAGUGAGAGGUAGGAAAGAGAAAAAAAGAGGCGACAAGAAGAGAAAGAAAAACGUCGUUGAAUUGCUGCACAAGCACUUCGUUACGUACGAACGUAGGGCGUAAAUGCUCUGGAGAGAAUUAAUGUUCGAAUCGUAGUCAUUAAACAUGAUUUUCUAUUCGUAUUAAUUAUUGUUGUUAUUAAUAAUUAUUAAUAAUUGAAUGUACAUAUACAUUAUACCACAUGCAGUCAUACGAUACACUAUAAUCAAGUAACAUGAAACGGACGUGCGACACAUACACGUAUACACGCAUCAUACACAUACACACACGCACACAUAACAGACACAUACAUAAAAACGCGUAUACAUAUAUAUGCGUGCAUACAUACACUCACUUAUUCACUCACUCACUCACUCAUUCACCCAUUCACCCACCCACCCACCUCCAUACAGGCGAUGGGCACGACUUUAACGAUGGUAAAAAGAAAAAAAAAGAAAAAAAUUUUUUGGCCCAACAUGCGCAUCAGCUCACGAGUGUUAACGGCCGUGCGGGCAACAGACGAAUGUGGCAGAAUGAAAGCGAAUGCAAGGGAGAGAGAGAAAGAGAGAGAGUGAAAGGGGAAAAAGCCAGCGAGAAAGAGAGAGAGAGAGCACGAGUGAGUGAGAGCCUGCGAGAAUGGACUAGUACGUACGGGAGACAGAGAGAAAGAAUGCUCACUGUGAAUAUUUUUAUUAAAUUUUCAAGUUUGAUGACUUCCGUCGAAACAAUUAAUAAAUAAACAUAAGCAUAAGUGGAAGAAACA